CAGAGGUCUCCGCUCCACUGGCAUUGGAUACCUCAUUUACGCCGGUGUCAUCAAUUGUAGCAGAUUCCUGGCUGGAUAACUCGCCUUUCUGGGUGUACCCAUAAACUUGUUGCAGCAUUAGCCUUUGGGUCGCGCAUUUGCAAAUGUCUGUUGAAGGACUGCCGGUUUUGGUUCACGAGAAGGUGUGGACCAAUAGAGCUAAAUAUGAAGAUGCGGAGAUGAAGUACUACGAAAUGCUUGCGAAACAGAGAUCUGGAUCUUCCAUGGGAAGCCUCGCCUCUGAAAUUGCUAAGGCAAGGGAGAGCCUUCAGCAGAGCUUGACCCUGGCAGACACCAGGGCAGCUCAGUUCAGCAAAGAGGCUGAAGAUCGCAUUGGAAAGCUGGAAAACACUGUCCAGCUCCUGAUGAAGCGUGUGGGUGAACUGGAGGCACAAUUGGCAAAAGUGAGCAUUUCAGGUAUAGCGACAAGUACUGUUAGCACCCAGAGCACAUCAGAGGGAGGAAAGAAAGAGGAAGAGGAGGAUGACAUCGAUCUCUUUGGAUCUGAUGAUGAGGAGGAUGCAGAAGCUGAACGCAUCAAGGAGGAACGUUUAGCUGCAUAUGCUGCAAAGAAAUCCAAAAAGCCUGCCCUUAUUGCCAAGUCAAAUGUGAUCCUGGAUGUGAAGCCUUGGGAUGAUGAGACAGACAUGGCCGAGAUGGAGAAGCAGGUGCGAAGCAUCCAAUGUGAUGGCCUUCUUUGGGGUGCUGCCAAACUGGUUCCACUUGCUUAUGGGAUCAAGAAGCUACAGAUUUCCAGUGUUGUUGAGGAUGAUAAGGUUUCCGUUGAUUGGCUCCAGGAACAGAUUGAAGCCUUUGAGGAACUGGUCCAGAGUGUGGACAUAGCUGCAUUUAAUAAAAUAUGAAGACAGCCUGGUUAAGAAUUGAAGAAUAAAUUUGAUUUUCCCAUUUGGAGAUGAAA